AUGGCUUCUGGAGACAUGGUGGCUGCUUCCCUUCACAAGCAAAGGAAGCCAUCACCCUCAUCUCAGAAAGAGCUCCAACUGAAAAAUGACCUGGCUUCUGCGGCAACAGAUCUGGCUCCCAGUGGGGAAGCUGGUCUGAUCUGGAAGAGACCUUAUGGCAUUGGGGCUGGUCUGCAGAAUAUGGGGAACACCUGCUACUUGAAUGCAACCCUGCAGUGUCUCACAUACACACCACCCCUUGCCAACUACAUGCUGUCUCAGGCGCACUCUCAAACCUGUCGUCCGUCAGGUUUCUGCAUGCUGUGUGCUGUGGAAUCUCACUUUCUUUGGGCCCUCCACAGUCCUGGUGACGUGAUCCAGCCCUGUCAGGCGUUGGCUGCUGCCUUUCAUAGAAACAGGCAGGAAGAUGCCCAUGAAUUUCUGGUGUUCACUGUGGAUGCCCUCAAGGCAGCAGGUCUGCCUGGGCUCAUGAACAUGGUUGGGCCCAAAGAGGACAAGUCUCUAAGCCAUCAGAUAUUUGGAGGCUACUGGAAGUCCCAAAUCAAAUGUCUCCAGUGCCAAGGCGUUUCAGACACAUUGGACCCUUACCUGGACAUCGCCCUGGAUAUCAAGACAGCAGACAGUGUUCAGCAGGCUUUGGAACAAUUGGUGAAACCUGAAGAGCUGGAUGGAGAAAACGCCUAUCAGUGUGGUAUCUGCCUAAAGAAGACAGCUGCUUCCAAGACACUCGUCUUGCAAUCUUCUGGCAAUGUUCUUAUCUUCGUCUUGAAGCGGUUUUCUGAUUUCACAGGCGAGAAAAUUGCUAGACAAGUGCAAUAUCCUGAGUGCCUGGAUAUGAGACCUUACAUGUGUCAGCAAAACGGGAGGCCACUUGAAUAUGUUCUGUAUGCUGCUCUCGUCCACGUUGGAUUAAGGUGUCAAAAGGGACAUUACUUCUGCUAUGUCAAAGCUGGGAAUGGUCACUGGUAUAAAAUGGAUGAUGCUAAGGUAACGGCCUGUGACAUUACUUCUGUCCUGAAUCAAAGUGCCUAUGUCCUAUUUUAUGUCCAGAAGAGUGGAUUUGGGAGAGAAAAUGGGAAUGUGUCCCCAGGCAGCGGACCAUCAGUCUUUAAGGCUGAAGACGGACAUGGCAAUACACCAAGGAAGCUUGAAAGGCAUUCCAGCGUUAAAGCUGUAGAGUCUGAGGAGCGCCUGGCGAAAACAACUAAGGAAUUCACCUUAGAUCAGUGGAAAUCCCUGCAAGACCAGAACCGACCAAAGUGUGCAUUCAACCUCAGGAAAGUGGAGCCCACGCUGCCUUGCAAUGCCAUCUUAAUUCACCAGUCAAGAUCCACAGGGAGGAUGAGGAAGCAGCAUCCUGAACAGGAAAGCUCCCUGCAGCACAGGUCCUCUGGGCCCCACGGUGAUCAGAUUACCAUGAAUCCUAGCAACCGCCCGUGUCCGGGAGGGAGGACCAGACCUCCCAAGAGGAAGAAUAAACAUGGAAAGAGGCCCCUGCUAGUGUUCCAGCAAGGGGCUCUGAGUAAGGAAAAGUGGCGGCUCGUGGCGUGGCUUCCCCUGCCCCGUCCCGCCAGCUUCCCGGGCAGCCCUCGGGAGCUGGGAGCGUCCCUGGCAACGCCGGGCUCUGGGGGACUGGCCCGGGACAACCCACGGAGCGGAGCGCCAGGCACAGGCCGGGCGCAGGGGAGACCCACGACCCUUGCCCCGGUUCUCUUGUCACACGUUCAGCCGGCGUCCCCCCUCCCGGCGCCCAAGGGGUCCGAAAGGAGCAAAGGGGCAGCGGAGGGCUUCCCAGAUCCCCGGCCAGAGCUGGCCAAGGGACUGUCUCCCCUCUGGGAGCCCCGCGGGCCCGGACUGCUGCAGGACUCGCGCGGGUCCCCCCGAGCCGCCGCCAUUCGCCACGCUGACCACGCCCCCUCGGCGCCCGCCGCCGCCGCCGCCAUUUCCCUGCAGCCGCUCGCGUCCCCUUCCCGGAACCUUAAAAGACUGUAG